GCGCGAGUGCGCGCGCUGGUGCUGUCGCUCCGUCCGGUGUGGACGGACGUUAGACGUUACUCUUUCACUCACGUGCCAGCGUGUUGAUUUUGCACCUGAGGAACUCCGCCGUGAGCCGGAAUCCGCUCUCUCUGCAUUUAAGCUGGAGACUUUAUUUAUAAGUGACAUACUGAUAUCACUGAUAAAUCCGUGUGGAGUAACUUUUAUUUUCCACUGACCCAAGUGGACUGUGAGUGUGUGUGUGUGAGUGUGCGCGCGCGUCUGUGUGCGUGAGUGUGUGUGGAGAAGUGACCUCCAGAGAGCAAGAAAGAAAGCAAGCAGGACUGAACCGAGUCUCUUGGCGUCCAAAUCAUGCCGGCUGGUUUUCAGCAACUUGGAGGAGAGAGAAUAACUGGAACUCUUGCACUAUCAGUGUUCACAGCGGUGCUGGGCUCCCUUCAGUUUGGAUACAAUAUUGGAGUCAUCAAUGCCCCACAAAAGAUUAUUGAAGCAGAGUAUAACUCAACAUGGACACAUCGCUAUUCAGAGCCCAUUCCCGAGGCCACACUCACCUCUCUCUGGUCUCUCUCGGUGGCCAUCUUCUCCAUUGGAGGCAUGCUCUCCUCUUUCUGUGUGGGAAUCAUCUCAGAAUGGCUUGGCAGGAGGAAAGCAAUGCUCAUCAAUAAUCUCCUGGCGUUCAUUGGAGGAGGUUUGAUGGGGAUGUCUAAAAUCAGCCAAUCGUUCGAGAUGAUGAUUUUAGGACGCUUCACUAUCGGGGCCUAUUGUGGGUUGGCAUCAGGGCUGGUGCCCAUGUAUGUGGGGGAGAUUUCACCCACCAAUCUGAGAGGAGCUUUGGGCACACUGCACCAGCUAGCCAUCGUCACUGGAAUACUGAUUGCUCAGAUUUUAGGCCUUGAGUCUUUGCUGGGCAGUGAGGAGUUAUGGCCUGUGUUGAUGGGCAUUACAGUGAUCCCUACGGUCCUCCAGAUGGCGUUGUUGCCCUUCUGUCCAGAAAGCCCACGUUUCCUUUACAUCAUACGCUGCCAGGAGCACCAUGCCAAGAGUGGCCUGAGACGGCUUACGGGGCGGUUGGACGUGAGUGAGGACUUGGCAGAAAUGAAGGAGGAGAAGAGGAGGAUGGACAUGGAGAGGAAGGUGUCGAUUGCCGAGCUUUUCCGCUCUCCGCUCUACAGGCAGCCCAUGAUCAUAGCCAUUCUACUGCAGCUCUCUCAACAGCUGUCAGGAAUCAAUGCUAUUUUCUACUAUUCCACCAGCAUAUUCCAGAAGGCUGGAGUGGAGAGUCCAGUCUUUGCCACCAUAGGUGCUGGAGUUGUCAACUGUGCUUUCACUGUGGUCUCGCUUUUCCUGGUGGAGAGGAUGGGUCGACGGACACUGCACAUGCUCGGACUGGCUGGAAUGUGUGUGUGUGCAAUUGUCAUGACAAUUGCUCUCAACUUAUUGGAAGGUGUGCCAUGGAUGAGCUACAUCAGCAUGCUGGCCAUCUUCGGCUUUGUGGCUUUCUUUGAGGUGGGACCAGGACCCAUUCCCUGGUUUUUUGUGGCUGAGCUCUUUUCUCAAGGGCCCAGGCCUGCAGCUAUGGCAGUGGCUGGAUGCUCCAACUGGACUGCAAACUUCAUCAUUGGCAUGGGUUUCCAGUACAUUGCUAACCUCUGUGGCCCAUAUGUCUUCCUCAUCUUUGCUGCACUCCUCUUGUGCUUCUUGCUGUUCACCUUCUUCCGAGUUCCCGAGACACGAGGAAAGACCUUCGACCAGAUUUCUGCCAACUUCCACCGCCACCCGCAAACCAUGAUGGACAUGGAUCUGGACAUGGAAUUAGACAAGCCCAGUACAGAGUUGGAAUACCUAGGAGCAGACGGGACAGAACACUGAGGCCCAGGAGGUGGAAGGAGACCUGUCAAAGAGAAUACAGUCAGAUGGCCUUGGGUAGGGGGCUUUAAGGGGAACUAAAUGUACAUUACAAAUAAGACACAGGUAGUACUUCUGUACUUCUAUAGGACAGGGUGUAGAGGUGUUUCAGAGAAAAAGACUUUGGAGACUUGGAUUCCUGCACUUUAUCUGCACAUUGUUUUGAGUGUUGAGAUGAAAAGCCAGUUAUGUUUGUAUAUUUAUACUUACACUGAUAAUUCUAUGUAGAUGCUUACUGCUGGUUCAUAUUCAUGAUGCAUAUUUAGCUUUAAGCUUUUCAACAAAAUGUGUUUCUGAAGUUGUAACAAACUAGACUAAUGCUUAACACCAAGCUUUUGUAAUCUGAUGCAUGAUACUACACAUAAUUGCUAAUUUUGCAUCAUAGAAUAAAAAACCUGUUCCGAG